UGAAUGUGAGGGCUCUAUAGGGGCCUAUCAACACAGGAUGCAGUGGGGCUCUGGUCUGGUCCAGCCCCAGCCACGAUGCCCAUCACCCAGGAGAACGCCCUGAGCCACCUCCCUCUGUUGGAGGACUGGCUCCUGGGGGCGCAGACCAGGGACCAGGACAACUAUGGAGACCCAGAUCAGCAGUCCGCCACCAGCAGAGACCCGGACCAAGACUCUUACCAGGAGUCAGAACACGAGGUGGAUGCCUGCAGCACGGUCAGUGGCAGCACGGUCAGUGGCAGCACGGUCAGUGGCAGCACGGUCAGUGGCAGCACGGUCAGUGGCAGUACGGUCAGUGGCAGUACGGUCAGUGGCAGCACGGUCAGCGGCUGCAGAGGUACCAGCAGAGACAUGUCUUUAUGUCAGGCCGCUAUACAGAAACUGGUGGAGUACAUUCAGCUCAACUUCACCGAGGACGAAGAGCCCGUGCGGAGGUCUCUAGAGAGACCGCCGUGCGGAGGUGUGGACGCGGAGGUGCGAGCCGUGUGUCUCACCAAGAGAGAGGGGGACGGGGCAGAGCUGGGACUGAGUUUCGGUAACAUCCCGAUAUUUGGGGAUCCGGAGGGGGAGAACAGGAAGAAGGGAGGGAGGAGGAGGAGUAGGAGGAAGGGGGAUCAGGGACCCGUGUUGGACGUGGGGUGUAUCUGGGUGACGGAGGUGAGGAAGAGAAGUCCCGCGGCGAGGUGCGGUAGGAUUAAACUACGAGACGAGUUGCUGUCACUCAACGGUCAGCUGAUGGUAGGCGUGACGUCACGGGAGCCAGGUAGAGGAGCCUUUUCUAAUGAUAGUAAUGCAUCUUAA